GCUUGAAUUCACACUGCAAGAUCAAGAGUCACAUGCUCCACCGACGGAGCCCGGCAAGCUCCCCCUUAAUAAUGCCUUUCUUGAGGGAUUCUAGUUCAAACUAAAUUUGACACCGUGAGCAGAGGAUUUAGUACCAUUACCAUUAGCCUUGCAAUUACAGUAGUGCUCCCUUAUCUGCAGGGCUCACUUUCCAAGAUCCUCAGUAGAUGCCUAAAACUGCAGAUAGUACUGAACCCUUACAUAUAUUGUGCUUUUUUCCUAUACAUACAUAACUAUGAUAAAAUUUAAUUUAUAAGUUAGGACAGUAAGAGAUUGACAAUGAUAACUAAUAAUGAAAGAACAAUUAUAACAAGAUAUUGUAAUAAAAUGUGGUUUCUUAAAAUAUCUUGUACUGUACUCACCCUUCUUGAUAAUAGAUGCCUAUGUGAUAAAAUGUCUGCAUGAUGAGAUGAAGUAAGGUGAAUGACGUAGGCAUUGUGAUGUAGCAUUAGGCUACUACUGACCUGACCUGACAAUACUGGACCAUGGCUGAACGUGGGUAACUGAAACUGUGGAGUAUGGAUAAGGUGGGUAGUUGGGGGGGAGGUGGUGGUGGAUACUGUUGUGUUAAUUGGAUGGCAGUCAAUUCGUGAAGCAGCCCAGAGAAUGUACCACUCAUAACUGCUUCCUGUCUCCUAGAGCGUCAUAGACAAGGAUUAAUUUUUCUUUCCACUUACUUAGCAAAUAUUAAUUCAGUACUACUACAUGCCAAGGAAUGUUUAAUACUUGGAAAUACUGGGUUGUAUAAAAGAAACUGUCUCUCCUCUUGGAACUUACAGUUUAGCAGAGGAAUCAGACAUUACAUUAUGAAUUAUAGUUCUGAAAAAGACUACAUAGAAGUUCAGGUUGCUAUGCAUGAAUAUAGCAACAACAGUAGUGAUGGUAAUAGAAGUACCUAACAUGUAGCUCUUGUUACAAGCCAGUCGCUGUUCUAAGAUCUUUCUCUGUUAACUCCUGUAAUCCUCAUUACACCCCUGAGGUGGGUACUGUUAUUAUCCCACUUUACACUUGAGGAGAUCGAGGACAGACUGGCCACAUUGUAACUGCCAGAGCCAUAUUGCUAAUAAAUGGCAGAACUAGGAUUUAUUUAUUUAUUUUCAAAGUAUGUAUAUAUUUAUUUAUUUAGAGAGUGUGCAAGCAGGCUUCAUAUCCAGUGCAGAGUGUGGUGAGGGUCUCAGUCUCAACCCCAAGAUCAUGACCUGAGCCAAAACCAAGAGUCGACACUGAGCCGACUGACUGAGCCACCGGGGCAUCCAGGCAAAGCUAGUAUUUAAACCUGGCCUCAGAGGUCACAUUCUUUAGUACUUCAUAGUACUGGUGACCUAACCCAAGGAAGGGCUGUUGGGGAGACUUCUUGAGGAAGAGAUACUUGAACUGAAAUCAGAGAGUAAAAAAAAAGUUGGAAGUUGAAGUAAGGGAAAGCAUGAAAAAGUUCUGUGUAGCGUACAACAUGACUUGUUAGAGAGUUAGAGAAGGGUCCAGAGAGCCACAGAUGGAGGGAAGAGUAAGUGAAGGAAGAAAUCUGGUGAGAGGCAGGUGAGGCCUCUGUCUUAGAGGCAUAGGAGUUACAAAUGUAUUUGAAAUCGGAAUGGCAUGCUGGGUCCUGUGCUUUAGCCACACAGGCUACUGGGAGGACUGUCCUUCAGAUGGAUGAAGACAGUGCCCACCAUUUUCCCAGGACUUCUCUCCCAGUUAAACCUCCCAUUUACCUUCCUCUUCCUCACAUGAUUUGUUUCCCAGACCUUGAUGCACACCAUCGUUGGAACUGUAUAUAGAACUUUGGAAUCAUUUGGAUUGUGUUUAAUAGUCAUUUCCCCCCAAGGUUCAAGCACUGUCUUCCUGUUGGCCCUGACAAUCAUAGCCAGCACCCAGGCUCUGACGCCCACUCACUACCUCACCAAGGCAGAUGUGGAGAGACUGAAAGCCUCACUGGAUCGCCCUUUCACAAGUUUGGAAUCUGCUUUUUACUCCAUCGUGGGACUCAGCAGCCUAGGUGCCCAGGUGCCAGAUGUAAAGAAAGCGUGCACCUUCAUUAAGUCAAACCUUGAUCCAGGCAAUGUGGAUUCCCUUUUCUAUGCUGCCCAGUCCAGCCAGGCCCUCUCGGGGUGCGUGAUCUCUAUUUCAAAUGAGACCAAAGAUCUGCUCCUGGCAGCUGUCAGUGAAGACUCAUCUGUUACCCAGAUCUACCAUGCUGUGGCCGCCCUCAGCGGCUUUGGCCUUCCCUUGGCUUCCCAAGAAGCACUCAGCGCCCUUACCGCUCGCCUCAGCAAGGAGGAGACUGUGUUAGCAACAGUCCAGGCUCUGCAGACGGCAUCCCACCUGUCCCAGCACGCUGACUUGAGGAGCAUCGUGGAGGAGAUUGAGGAUCUUGUUGCUCGCCUCGAUGAACUGGGAGGUGUGUAUCUCCAGUUUGAAGAAGGACUGGAAACCACAGCCUUAUUUGUGGCUGCCACCUACAAGCUCAUGGACCAUGUGGGCACGGAGCCAUCCAUUAAGGAGGAUCAGGUCAUCCAACUCAUGAAUGCCAUCUUCAGCAAGAAGAACUUUGAGUCACUCUCAGAAGCCUUCAGCGUGGCCUCUGCUGCCGCUGCGCUCUCUCAGAACCGCUAUCACGUGCCAGUUGUGGUUGUGCCCGAGGGCUCUCCUUCAGACACUUACGAGCAGGCUAUCCUUCGGUUGCAGGUCACCAAUGUUCUGUCUCAGCCUCUGACUCAGGCCACUGUUAAACUAGAACAUGCUAAAUCUGUUGCUUCCAGAGCCACUGUCCUCCAGAAGACAUCUUUUACCCCUGUCGGGGAUGUUUUUGAAUUAAACUUCAUGAAUGUCAAAUUUUCCAGUGGUUAUUAUGACUUCUCUGUCAAAGUUGAAGGUGACAACCGUUAUAUUGCAAAUAGUGUCGAGCUCCGAGUCAAGAUCUCCACUGAAGUUGGCAUCACGAAUGUUGAUCUCUCCACCGUGGACAAGGAUCAGAGCAUUGCACCCAAAACCACCCGGGUGACCUACCCAGCGAAAGCCAAGGGCACAUUCAUCGCAGACAGCCACCAGAACUUCGCUUUGUUCUUCCAGCUGGUAGAUGUGAACACCGGUGCUGAACUUACCCCUCACCAGACAUUUGUCCGACUCCAUAACCAGAAGACUGGCCAAGAAGUUGUGUUUGUUGCUGAGCCGGACAGCAAGAAUGUGUACAAGUUUGAACUGGAUACCUCUGAGAGAAAGAUCGAAUUUGACUCCGCGUCCGGCACCUACACUCUCUAUCUGAUCAUCGGAGAUGCCACUUUGAAGAACCCAAUCCUUUGGAAUGUGGCUGACGUGGUCAUCAAAUUCCCUGAAGAAGAUGCUCCAUCGACUGUCCUGUCCAAGAACCUUUUCACCCCCAAACAGGAAAUUCAGCACCUGUUCCGAGAGCCUGAGAAGAGGCCCCCCACGGUGGUGUCCAAUACAUUCACUGCCCUGAUCCUCUCGCCCUUGCUCCUGCUCUUUGCUCUGUGGAUCCGCAUUGGUGCCAAUGUCUCCAACUUCACUUUUGCUCCAAGCACAAUCAUCUUUCACCUGGGACAUGCUGCGAUGCUGGGGCUCAUGUAUGUCUAUUGGACACAGCUCAACAUGUUCCAGACCCUGAAGUACCUGGCCAUCUUGGGCAGUGUGACGUUUCUGGCUGGCAAUCGGAUGCUGGCCCAGCAGGCAAUCAAGAGCACACUAGUGCCAGAAAAAGGAGGGAAGUGCUGAAAGCCGAAAUGAGUAUCAAGAAAAGGAGUCAAGAACAAUUCACAGUUUGUAAAGAGGAAUGAAGAAACUUUAUUUAAACAGGAAAAGGUCGAAAUUGUGGUUAUACUUUGGCUUGUUGUUUUUCUCUUCCCCCAACAUGGAGUGGAUACCUGUGAGCCCCGAUACUCCGAUUCCUCGGCAUGGUGCCCCCGCCAGAUGCUGUGAAUAAUCCUAACUUAGCUGCCAGGUGUCGCAUUGGAAAAGUUGAAAUUUGUAAUUAAUCUGUUUUGGAAUAAAGAGAAUAACAGGAACAGA